AUGAAGAGUUACGAAGAUGUGAAGAGGGUGGUUUAUAUCAACGGACGACCAUUUGUUUUGCGCGAGGUUGAAAGACCCUUCUCCAAUCUUGAAUACACGGGUAUCAAUAGGGAUAGGGUGGAGCGAAUGGAAGGUCGGUUAAAGGAAGACAUAUUUUCAGAAGCUGCAAGAUGGUCAAAUGGUGGAUCAAUGGGAUCCAGUCACACCCGACUCUGUCAAAACACCACUACAGGUAACCUAAGGACAAAUUCAAUUGGAACAAUUUCUGUCUGUGGCUCAAAUGCUAUUGACAACAUGCUAAACACAGAAGAGGCUCUUCUUAGAGGGGAAUAUAUUAUCAUAAGAAACUUAAUCCGUGUCUUAGAGGGCGAUGUUGAAGGCAAACAACAGGUGGACAAAGUGAUUGAGAAGUGUGCCUCCAGGCAUAAUUUACAAAGAGCAGUUCAUAUUUAUAAAUCCUCUCCCAAUAACAAUAUCAAUUUCUAUGAUUGGAUGAAAGCAAGACCUGAGCUCUAUACCAUUAUUCGCAGGUUGUUGAGAAGGGAUCCAAUGGGUGCACUUGGAUAUGCAAAUAUAAAACCAUUAAACAAAAUAAGCACACCUAAUAAUGAUGGUCACCCUUGUGCGAUGGAAAUAGUUGUAGUAUUAUGA